GCCGGUUGGUCCCAGCCCGAGAGUGAGGCAAGUGGCCGUCGACUGCCCGGUCGUGUAUGUGUGUGUGUGUGUGUCUCGUGUGUCCCGGUUAAUACCCUCUCUUAUAAUACAUGUGGUUGGCUCACCUGAAGGCCAAAUAUGGGCGCGUACCUCUCGGAGCCGGUGACGGAGAAGCUGAGUAGCGACGAGGCCGGCACGUGGCUGAGUUAUGGCGCCAGUUCCAUGCAAGGAUGGCGGGUCUCUCAGGAGGAUGCCCACAAUUCGAUCUUAGAUUUUGACAAGGAAGCUCACCUUUUUGCUGUGUAUGAUGGGCACGGGGGACACGAAGUGGCUGCGUACACGGCACUCAAGUUACCAGAUUUUCUAAAGAAGUCAGCAGCUUACCAGAAGGGCAAUAUUUCGCAAGCUCUUACAGAGGCUUUUCUGGAAUUUGACGCGACGCUUGUGAAGGCUGAGGUGGUUACCAUCCUCAAGCAGAUUGCAGGUGCAAAGGAUGAGGAUGACGACGAAGACAAUUCUGAAUCUGAAAGUGAAGAAGUGGACAACCUAUAUCGUGAGGCAACGAUGCCUCUUGAUGAGGUCAUUGCCAAGUAUGCAGAAAACCCACAACUUAACAGAUGUAAAAAAGAUAAGAAAGAAAAGGGAGUUUCUCCAUUUCUGAAGGCAAAGAGCAGUAGUGGUCCAAAAGAUUCUGGAGAACCAAUAAAACUUGAUCUUGAAGAUGAGGAGCCAAAGUUAACAGCUGCACAAUCUUCAGUCUCAGAUGAAAAAGAACACAGUGCAGAGGAUACAAAAACAAAUUGUGAUGGUGACCAAAAUGGUACUAAAACCGAGACUGAUGUUGAGAUGAAUGGAGAAGACACACAACAUAUGGUAAAUGGUGAAGGGGGUGAGGCCAAUGGUGAAGAAACAAAGAAAACUAAAUCAGAUACAGAAGACGACAAAGUAGAGGAGUGUACUGUUGAAAAUGGUGACGCAAUUGUAAAUGGUGAUGAAGAGCAGGAAGCAGGAAAAGGUAAAGGUGGCAAAGGUCACAAGGGUGGUAAAGGCAAAGCUAUUUUGAAAAAUUCCGAGGUACAAGCAAUGAAAGCAGCAAAGGCAAAAGAAAGAAGAAGGGAAGCCGCAAUUAAAGCUGCCGAGAUAUACCGAAAAAUUCAGGAGGGCGCGUCUGAGGAGGACCUAAGUGACGAAGAGGAGGAUGAUGAUAAUUUCGAAGAUGAGGGCGGUGAAGAGGAAGAGGGGGAGGAAGAUGCUGAAGGUGAGGAAAGUGAGGAGGAAGAGGAGGAGGAUGUUGAACCUGAGGAAGAUGAGGAUCCCUAUACAGAAUUUGCUAUGAAUAUGAAAGAGGAGCCUGGGUUUGACAGUGGUUGUACAGCUUGUGUGGCACUUAUUAAAGAAAAUGAACUGUACGUAGCCAAUGUUGGUGAUUCCCGAUGUGUUGUAUCAAGAGAUGGAAAGGCCAUAGAGAUGAGUCUUGAUCACAAACCUGAAGAUGACCCAGAGGCUGCGCGAAUUAUCAAGGCUGGUGGAAGAGUAACAGCUGAUGGGCGUGUUAAUGGAGGGCUCAACCUGUCACGAGCAAUUGGUGAUCAUGGGUAUAAACAAAGCAAAAAUUUGACCCCUGAAGAACAGAUGAUCAGCCCUCUACCUGAUGUACGUUCUAUGACUUUGGAACCCAAAGAUAGUUUUAUGAUUGUUGCUUGUGAUGGAAUCUGGAAUUCCCUCUCCUCUCAGGAAGCCUGUGAUUUUGUUGCGGAGAGACUUUCCGAGGAUAAGAAACUAUCGGCAAUUUGUGAGGAACUGUUUGAUCACUGCCUUGCUCCGGACACCCAUGGGGAUGGCACUGGCUGUGACAAUAUGACCUGUAUCAUUGUUAAGUUCAAAGAUUUGAAAGUGCAAUCAUUUGGACGCAGUAAGAGAAACUCAGAACAGGCGGGCAAUGACAGACCUACACAAGAUGAAAAGAAAGUCAAAAGUGAUGGUGAAUAAUGACCAUUUUUUCAUAGGAGAUUUUUAUUUUCUAUUUUAUUUUGAGGGGUGGGAACUGGGGAGGGAGGUGGGGUAUUAAUUCUAGACCUUUAUGUGAGUGACCUUAUGGGACACGGACUUGAAGACCAGCAAUCUGGUUCUGUGCAUCAUGCCUCAGCGGUGAGAAGUGAAUGUCAUUUUGAACUGUCGAGUGUUUCACUGCUUUUGGAUGAUGUGAAAUGUGGCUUAAAGACCUAUUCCUAAAUUAUCAGUUUUUAGGUUAUGUCAAGGUGAAACCUUAGGGUGAAGAAUGUUUGAAGGUGACCCAAGGUGUUUUGUUAGUGCUGAAACAUAAUGGAUUAUGAAGAUUAUGAACAAGAAAAAAGUAAUUUUUAAACAAAGAACUAACUGUUACAACUCAAGUUAACAUUCUGGUGAAUUUAUUUUAAACCAUAUUUUUAUUAGAUCUGGAUGUUAGAUAAAAGAUUAUUAUAGUACCCAAUUUUUAUGGAGUGUUGACAGGUGCUAUGGAAGUUGAUAUAUUGAUCUGGUAAAUCCCUGCUUACUUCAUUCUUCUUGUAAUGUAUUACUGAUAUGCAGGAUAUAUAAAGUAAAUUGUUUUAAUUUUUGGUUAACUGUGAACACCUCCAGUAAUUCAAACAUCAGUCCAUGUACAUUUGUGUACAUGUGGUGAAACCCAGUUUUCAUAUGUAAAUUAAAGAUAUCUGUUAAAAUUUUUGAAUAUAUGCUCAAAAUGAUGAGUUUGUUUUGUUAUUUUUAGGUUUAAACCCGAGGUAAUACGUUUUGGGAACACUUUGCCGAACGUAUUUUAAAAUUUAUAUUUUAACUUUCGUUGAUAGUUUGGAUCACCUCGCGGUUACACAUUAGUAUUGUGUUAUGACGAUGUCUUUAGCACAAGUGUUUUUCUCACAGCAUCUCUAUUCUAAGAAUCUAGAGAUAAAUCAGUGCACCUGCAUCCUUGGUAACUGCCACUGGCUUGGCAUGAUGUGCGUUCCUAUGCAGAUAUUUUCAAGUACAAGUGCGUAAGAAUGUAAUUUAAGUACUCAUUUGAAUGUGACACAGGAUUUGCCGUGUGCAUAAUUCUUGUGGAUUUACUAGCGUAUGAAAAUGAUAGUUCUGAUUUUAAUUUAUCAGAACUAAACGUGACUAUGCAGUUUGUGUACCAAGUGUAAAAGUUCUGUAACUUGUUAUUUUAUUAAAAACUUGACACUGCCCUGUGAAGUAGAGAGAAAGUGAGUGUAUUGCAAGAUUUCUUGGAACCACAUCUAUAUCUGUUAUAUUACAGGAACAAGCUAACGUGCAAGAGUAGGUUUCUUGGUUUUCCGUUUAAUUGGAACUUAAAUCUUUACUAAAUAUCAUCAUGUAUGAUGGCUGUGGUAAAUUUAGUUUUAAUAGAGCAUUUUAUCUUUUAUAUUUGUAACUGUAAAUUGUCCUUGCAGAUUGAUUUUGUAAACAAGAUAUCAACUAAACUUGCCAUCAUGUCAUGAAAACACUUGAGUUGUCAUCCUAAGGUUCCACAUUGAGGGUGUACCAAAAGGAUAGAUUGCUGCUACGAUAUGUGCUGCUGUUGGCUAUAGUUAGUUUACACACACAAGUACAAAUUAUCUAAGCAUUACACAUUGGAAAUCUGUUUUUUUGUUGGAAUUACAGCUUUCUAAAAGUUAUGUGCAUAGAUCUAGUAUCAUGCAUAUUUUUUUCUACCAUGGAUAAGUAAAUGGAAAAAUUAUUUUAGAAUGAAGCUUUUUCCCAUAUUUGUGAUAUUAAUAUUUCAUUUCAUUAUAGGAAGUAACUAUCACAAAAGUUCUUGCUUUUCCAGUUGAAUAAAUGCCUAAACAGAAAUAUAGGAAGUAGAACUUUGCCUAUUUGUAAUAAAUUCUUUCAUUCA